AUGGUGUUGCUGGUGGUGGUCGCCGGUCUGGCCUGCUCGUCCCAAUCCCCCAACAUCGGCAAGUUCUACAAGGGUCGGAUACUCCAUGUCAGCGUCGCGGCAUUGGAGCGCACCGAUGAGCUCCGCUGGACUACGUCGACCCGCUAUCCCGCUCAGGGAGCCGUCGACGAGCCUCUCUACAGGAUUACGCCUCAGUCCGCCGAAAACGAACUCGUCCUCGUGCGUGUGAAGGUCGAAAACCACACGGCCACCAGCGCCAUCGUCAACGUUGACCGCGAUUCGGCCCAGUUGCGGGAUUUCUUCCAGGGUCGGUAUUCGCCGAUCGAUGUCGGCGCUCUCGCUCAGGACGCUGAAAUUCCCGAAAAGCCCUCCGACCGUUGCAACGUUCCUGUCAACCCUGAAGCUCCCUCCGACUGUGUCCGGUUCCUUUGGAACGCGGCUUACGAGGAAACUCAGCCUGACGGCCAAAUCAAAGUGGUCCAACGUGCCCAGGAACUGCCCAAGGGCACCGGCCUGGAUGGUUGGAUGGUGUUCGAAGUGCCCAGGGACACCGAGUUCCGCUCUUUCCGCUGGGGCUCCGGCGACACCAUCAUCGUCGAUUUCUGA